UUCCCCAAGACGAGCGACGGUGCAAAAUACGCUCUGUGUACAAACAUCGACGUCAAAAUAUAGUGGACUUUAACAUAUCCGCGUUAUUCAUGUAUCUCAUAUCUUAUCAGUCCAGACAAAUUUAACAGCAUUAUAUCAUACAGCUGGCUGGCAGUCUAUCAGUGGCACUCCCUCUUGACAUGCCCAAGAAAGAACAAUAUUCGCGCAUGCGUAUUACAGCUGUCUGAUAAAUAAACAAAGUUAUGAUAAUACAUCAACACGGAAAGAUGCUACCAAACUGAUAAUUCCUUGGCAAGCAACCAAUUUUAACGAUGUUCCGUAUUUCGAACAGAAGACACUGUAAUUGGACUUUAUAAUCAUCAGAUAUGCUGGUGGAAGUGGAACAAGGAACGCUGAGAGGCGCGACUUGUGGGUCUGGCGAGGAAACUUACAUUGGCUUCAAAGGGAUACCUUAUGCCAAACCGCCCAUAGGAAAAUUAAGAUUCAAGGCUCCGGAACCUCCCGAAUCAUGGGUGGGAGAGCGCGACGCGUCGCAGCACGGGCCUGUUUGUCCGCAGUACAACGAACGCCUGGACUGCAUCGAGCCAGGCAGCGAGGACUGCCUCUACCUCAACGUGUUCACCACAACACUCACCCCGUCAGAGCCCCGCCCCGUCAUGGUCUGGAUCCACGGUGGCGGCUUCUACACCGGCUCGGGAAACUCGGACUAUUACGGCCCAGAAUUCUUAAUAAAACAUAACGUGAUAUUAGUAACCCUUAACUACAGACUGGAAGUCCUUGGCUUUUUAUGUCUGGACAACGACGAAGUACCAGGCAAUGCUGGUUUGAAAGACCAAGUCGCGGCGUUGAAGUGGGUGAAGAAAAACAUCGCCAAAUUCGGAGGCGAUCCGGAGAACGUCACGCUAUUUGGAUGCAGCGCGGGCGCAGCAUCUGUCUGUUACCAUUUGGUAUCGAAAAUGAGUCAAGGCCUGUUCAACAAGGCGAUAUGUCAAAGCGGAGUUUGCCUUAACGAAUGGGGUUACAAUCUGUACCCUCGCGAGAGAGCCUUCCAAUUGGCUAAACUAUUAGGAAAAGAAACACAGGAUCCCGCUGAACUAUUAGAGUAUCUAAGAAGUUUGCCGACUUCGUCUUUAGUCAAAAUCGAACUGCCAAUACUGCAAGUCGAAAAAUUCGAUCUAGCAGACAAUAUUCUGUUCGGACCUGUGAUAGAGAAGUCUCAUUUGAACGUUGAGAAGUUUAUAUCAGAAUCUCCAGUGGAUAUGGUCACGAGAGGCGACGUAGGGAAUGUCCCGGUUAUUGUGGGGUACGUUUCGGGCGAGGGCAUCGAAAUAUCGAGAAAGCUGCCGCAUUUGACGGCGUUUCUGGGUAUGCCGGGUGCUGUGGUCCCCAGAGAGCUGAAGUUCAAGUUGCCUCGCGAGAAAUUGUAUGAUAUCGACCAGAUGAUCCGCAAAUUUUAUUUCGAUGGUAAAGAUAUUACUGAGAACUCACUACAGGAAUAUACCAAUCUGGAGACGGACAGGCUUUUUGCUUACAACAUAAUGAGGUAUGCGAGGUACCACGCACACUAUUGCUCUAUGCCAGUCUUCGUCUACAAGUUUACGGCGGAAACUGAAAGGAAUUACUAUAAGAGACAUUACAAAAUGGAGGCGGUAAAAGGAGUCUGCCACGCGGAUGAAUUGCCGUACUUAUUCGAUGUUAAAUGUAUUGAUAUACCGAAGCCAGAUAAAUCUUGGAAAGUUAUAGAUAAUUUAACGAAAUUGUGGACGAAUUUCGCCAUUACGGGAAAUCCCACGCCGUCCAGUGAACUGCCCCAGUGGAAGCCGUUCAAGGACGGGGCGCGCAACACGUUCAUCAUCGGUGAUGACCUCGUGUGCGCUGAGGAUGAAGACGAGGCCAACAUGCAGUUCUGGGAAGACGUUUAUGGGGAAUCGGUACUGAACAACUUACGGCCCAAUUCUCAGAAACGUUUCAAGUGAUGACGUCAUCUUUGAAAUGAUCUAACUUAGGUCAUGAUGAAGAGGAACUCUUUCUGGUGGGCGAAGAACUCGGGAUUUUUGUCUAUUUAAGUAUUUAUUUAAAAAAAAACAGUAUACUUGAGUUAGUAUCCGUAACACAAGUCUCGAACUUACUUUGGGACUAACUCAUUGAAUUCUAGACUUCGUGAUAGUAAAAAUUAUGUACUUAGUUUAACUUAAGCCUGUUUAGGUCCCAUUUUUACUAAGUUUCAACGAGCUUAGUUUGUGAUAUAGAUAUUGUUAAUUUUGUUUGCGAUUGGACCCACAACUCAAGCUUGAAGCUUACUGUGGGCCGUUGAGCGUUGUCCAUUGUGAUAUAAAUCAAAUUAAUAAAUUUAUUUGUAAAAUAAAAUAAGACAUUCUUCUGCGAAUUCUGUAUCUAUAUAAAAGCACCCUGAAAGGGAUUAAGAAAAACACAAUAUUAUUAUACUCUCGUAUAUUCUCAAUCUUAAGACUUAGAUACCUUAUAUAGUAGUCUAUGUUUAAAUCAAAUACACUACAACAGCGCAUCAUUCACAAUUAUUUCAUGUAUUUACAAAACAAAUACAUAAUCAUCACGAAACAUUAAUUCUAAAGAAACCUUUAUCAAGUAAUAAUUUUCCUUUAAUGUAUGCGCUCUUGUAGUUUGUUUAAAAUUACACUGCGGACACUUACUACGAUUUUGCUUGAUCUGUUAUAAAAUUGUCAUAAAUAGCGAAAUAGUGUUUAAGAACUUGAGGCACUGUCUAUACCAUCAGAAAUAAUGACAUUACAAUUAUUGUUUGAGAACAAAAACAAGAUUUUAUUAAAUAAUACAUAUGUGGUGUAGUUGCCACAGUAUCUAUGGACCGGAAUACAUUCUGAAAUGUAUGUAUGUUCAGACUGAACAAGAAAUAUAUUUUUAGCAAAGUUAACGGACAUGAUGCAAAGAAUAGAAAGGAAAUAUAAUAAUCUACACAACAUUGUAUGCUUUACGAAAUUCUAUUA